AUGGAGAUUCUAGAUAAGUGGAAGGAUUGGGGAAUUGAGAAAAAAGUGUUUUCCAUCACGUUAGACAAUGCUACUAACAAUGACACAACACAAGAGAUUCUGAAAUCUCAGCUUAUGUUGCGGAAUGAUUUGUUGUGUGGAGGAGACUAUUUUCAUGUGCGAUGCGCAGCACAUAUUCUCAACAUCAUUGUUCAGAUUGGCCUGAAAGAUAUAGAUGAUACAUUGGAAAAGAUCAGAGAGAGUAUCAAAUAUGUUCAAGCUUCUGAAAAACGUGAGAUUUUGUUUGCAAGAUGUGUUGAAGUUGUUGGUCUACAAUUGAAAGCAGGCUUGAUUAUGGAUGUGAGAACUAGAUGGAACUCAACAUACAAGAUGCUUAAUAGGGCUCUAAAGUAUCGAGCUGCCUUUGGUAAUCUCAAAGUCAUUGAUGGGAGAAACUACAUGUUUCACCCUACAGAAGCUGAAUGGCACCGAUUGAAGCAGAUUUGUGAGUUUUUGGAGCCUUUUGAUGAAAUCACUAAUCUGAUAUCAGGUUCAACAUAUCCAACUUCAAACUUGUAUUUCAUGCAAGUUUGGAAGAUCAACAAUUGGUUGAUAUCGAAUUCACAUAAUCAAGAUGAAGUCAUCAGAAGUAUGAUUGUCCCAAUGAGAGAAAGGUUUGAUAAGUAUUGGGAAGAGGUUAGUGAUGUAUUUGCAAUGACUACAGUGUUUGAUCCAAGGUUGAAGCUAACACUUGAUUUUAUAAACUUCCGCAAACAAACUGUUGUUACUAGUGGAAAGUCUUCUUUGGAAAUGUAUCUAGAUGAUCCGCCGAUAGACAUGAUAGAGUAUGAGAGUUUGGAUAUUUUAAAAUAUUGGAAAGAUAACUCUCAACGGUAUAGAGAACUGGCGUCAAUGGCUUGCGACCUCCUUACUCCUUAG